AUGAACGAAGUAAUGCGCCUAAUAGGCGAUGAAAAUCAUGAGCAAGUCUGGCGAACUCGGCACAAAGACGAAACCAAAAACGUCCAUGAUCCCACUGCAACGGUUGAUAAAUAUCUUGCUGCUGCUGACGCUCGUGACAGUGCUAUUAAAAAUCUCAUCGAUGCUGCUACCGCUGCUCUUGAUGCUCGUCAUACUCGAGAUCUUGCAUAUGCUGCUCUUGAUGAUCCCACUACUCGUGGUGAUGCUAUUGCUAAUAUUGCUCGUGGAAAUCUUGCUGUUUUAAUUGCUCAUGGUGCUGCUGCUAAUGCUGAGACUGAUGCUCAGACCGCUGGAGCUAUUGCACGUAGUGUUGCUGCUGCUGCCGCCGCUGCUGCCGCUAAUGAUAAUUGUGCAGCUGUUGCUAAAAUCGAUGCCGAUGGUGCUGCUAGUGCUGCUGAAACUGCUCGUCGUGCCGCUACAGGUGCUGCGGCUGCUGCUGCUGAUCGUUUGUCUAACGAUACACUCCGUUGUAUUAUUCAAAAUAUCUAUGCGUAUCUUGGCAUUUUUGGUAAUAAACGUAGUGACGGCAUUGCUACUGAUGUCGCUCACGGUCUUUAUGGCCUUAACGAUUUUGAUUAUAAUCUUGACGACUUUACUGCUGCUUGUAACGCUCUGGAUAACGCAAGUGACGAUGAUGCCGUUAAUCUUGCCAUCGCUUUUGAUCGUGAUGGUGAAAUUGUUGAUUAA